AUGGGAGGCAGACAGAUCCGACCCGCAAGGGUCCUACAAACAGUCACGGAAGAGCUCAACCACAACGUCCUCGGCGACAAAUCCAUCCCUACGCCGCCAUGGUAUAACAUCAUGCAAUCCGUCCCUCCGGCCGAGACACUCGUUCGAAACGUCACCCCCCGUCUAAGAUCGCCGAACCUACAAGCUAGAAAGCCAAAGAACCUCUAUCGGCCUCAAGGGAUAUGGUAUCGUGAGGAUAGGCUGCGAUCAACGUUCUAUCGAGAUCAUCCUUGGGAGUUGGCGAGACCUCGGGUUAUUCUUGAGUCAGACGGAAAGGAUUACCAGUACUGCGAUUGGAGCAAGGGCUUGAGACAGCCUAAUAUUCCUUUAUCGGGUGAAUGUGUUGUUCAACGACAAUUAUGGUUGAUGGAGAAAGAGAAGCUGUCAGAGAAAAAGGCAUACGAUAUCACACGCCGCGAAUUCUACCGUCUACGCCAAGAGGAAGAGAUCGAGAAGCGAGUGGCCCUUGAGGAGGCCAAGCACGUAGGCGCUUACUUUGGCAAGUCCCGCAUUGAUGUUUCGCACCAGCUCGAGGACCGAGAGUUUGAGAACUGGAAGAUCUGGGCUGGAAAGGAGACGGAGCGACAAGAGGCGAGUCGCAACUCGGAGAUCGAGGACUUUGGUCUCGAGGAGGUGGAGGAGGACAUCGCAGAUGAUGCAGAGCCAGAGGAAAAGGCCGAGGCUGUCGAGGGCAAGAAAUCACCUUGA